UCUGUACAGCGAGUCACGGCAUUGGCGGCUGAGUGAGUGAUGGGGGAAGUGCAAGAGCCUUUGUGGAAGUUAGUUACCUUCGUUCAGUGAAAGUAUAGCCGAAGUCAAAAACAGAAAGAAAGCGUCAUUUUGAGACGUCAUUCGCAGUCGCUGGUGGAGAAAAGUUCACUUUAUUCUGGUGCUUUAAGGAGUCGCACGGUUCCGCCAUGGACUUUGGUGAAGAGUCGUCGCCCGCUCUGGCUUUCGAGAAGGACGCGUUCGAGCUCACGGUAGAAGAUGUGUAUGACAUUUCUUACGUGAUCGGACGAGAUUUGUUGAAGAUCAGCAGCACGGGCGAAGAAGUGUCAGAUCUGCAGUUCAAAAUAGUUCGCGUUUUAGAGAUGUUUGAGACUUUGGUCAACAAGUACAACUUGUCUCUGGAGGAGCUGAAAAUGGAGCGGGACAACCUAAAGGGUGAACUGGACAGGAUCAUCAAGGAGGGGGCUUCUUCAUCCGGACAGGGCACGCAAACGGCGGGACCCAACCAGCUGGUGGUGGACCUGACGGACCCCAACAGACCACGCUUCACCAUGCAGGAGCUGAAGGAGGUCCUGCAGGAGAGGAACCAGCUCAAGUCUCAGCUCAUGGUGGCUCAAGAGGAGCUGCAGUUGUAUAAGAGUGGGAUUCUGCCACAGGCUGAACCAACCAUGGUGGAGGUGGAUCUGGAGGCGCCCUCGGCCACAAACAUCAGUCCAGCCACGAUAAAUGACACGAAAGAGGAGAAGACGACCAUAGGCAAACUGUUUUCAUUCAGACGGAAAUGAGACAAAAAAAAAGAGAAUAUUUCGCAAGAAUUGAGGUAGAAGACAAACAGGAUUUGUCAGCACAAGUUAACCACUUUUAUAAUGUUUUUUUUUUUUUAUAUAUAUAUAUAAUGUUUAUUUGUCAGUCUAACAAGCACCAUAUUUUGUACUGGUUAUCUAAACCUUACAUGGUUUGUAGUCAUGUGUAGAAGUAUGUAUGUAUUAAUAUAAGAGAAGAAAACUGUAUUAUCUAACCAGUGUUGCUCAUGUUAAAUUCAUACUGUCACAGCUGACUGUAUGAAUGAGUUUGAAAUUAGAAUUUUUACUUUAAAUGAAAACUUAAUAAUGUUGACCACUCAGAUGAUAAAGAAAAAGACUCACCUACUUCAUAAAUGUAUGAAUAAACUGCUUUUACAUUUUGA